UUUUACAGCCUUUACUUGCUUUAGAAGAAAAGACCUCCUUAUUUGUGACGUAAUCUUGUGUUAUUCAUAUUGUAAAAUUGAAGCAUUGAAUCGCUCUACCAAUUAAAAAUGGCAGAAAACAGUCACCCUGAAGAUGAGAACCAAUCAGCACAGCACAGAGAGAAAAAACAGGAAAUGAUAUUGAUGGAGCCAUAUAACUACAUUUUACAGGUUCCAGGAAAACAAGUCAGGACUAAACUCUCACGGGCAUUUAACUACUGGAUGGACAUUCCUGAAGAUAAAGUGAAAAAGAUCAGUGAAGUAGUUCAAAUGCUGCAUAAUGCAAGUUUAUUAAUUGAUGAUAUAGAGGACAGUUCCAAGCUCCGACGGGGCAUUCCAGUAGCACACAGUAUCUAUGGUAUAGCACAAACUAUCAACUCGGCCAACUAUAUAUACUUCCUAGGGCUGAAGGAAGUGAUGCAGUUUGAUCAUCCUGAUGCAAUGAAAAUAUUUACAGAGCAGCUAGUCUUAUUGCACCAAGGACAGGGUAUGGACAUCUAUUGGAGAGACUCCUAUACAUGCCCCACAGAGGAAGAAUACAAAGAGAUGGUCAUAAAGAAAACUGGAGGUCUGUUUGGUUUAGCUGUCAGACUCAUGCAACUUUUCAGCACAAACAAAAGUGACUUCAAACCCCUGAGUGACAUCCUAGGCCUGUACUUCCAGAUCCGAGAUGACUAUGCCAACCUCUGCUCCAGGCAGUACACCGAGAACAAGAGUUACUGUGAGGACCUCACCGAGGGCAAGUUCUCCUUCCCUUUGAUCCAUGGGAUCCGCAGUCGACCAGAGAACACGCAGGUCAUGAGUAUCCUAAGACAGAGGACGGAAGACAUGGAUGUCAAGAAGUACUGUGUAGACCUACUAGAAAAGUUUGGUUCAUUUGAAUAUACAAGAACGGUGCUCUUUGAUCUAGAAAAGCAGGCUUAUCAGCAUAUUACAAACCUCGGAGGAAACCCCAUCUUAGAAUCCAUCUUGGAAGAACUAGGAAAACUCAUACGGCAUAGGGAUCAAUGACGUUUGCCCACCUGUAACAUCUGAACUUCCGUCUAUGACCAUCGUGUGUUAUUACAGGUGAAUCUACCAAUGUCAAAUCUCUUCGGAACACUGAAAUCUGUUUGACUUAGGUAUAUUCCACUGUAGGAGACUUGAAUAAUACAUGUUUUGCAUAUUCUUGUGU